UUCCUUUCAUUUUCCAUUUCGUCAACUUUCCCAACGAUAAAUCUCCCUUGCGUCAUCCUUGUAACUACCGAUUGAUCUCUACAGCGGAUUGAAGAAUCUGCCGAAUUAGGAAUAAGAACAAGAAUCCAAUGUGGAAGAGGAAGAAUAAGGGCAAAAGAAGUGGCAUCUUCUCAAUCAACACGUGUCAUCUGAACCCGCCGUUCAAUAUUCAGAUAGCCCUCCAUUUUUUCCCUCCACUCCUCCGUGAUCCAUCCCUAUCCGCCCACAAACACACGUAAUUUGUGUGUCAGCACUCUGAUUUUUGUAUUCCUAGAAUCAUGUUCCACUCGUACCAGAUAAUAUUACUAUAUAGCCUCACGGCCUUGACCUUUUAAAAUAUUUUGGAGGACUUAAUCUUCUGUUGUAUUUUGGGGGAAAAAUGGAUCAUGCGGCUGAUGCACAUCGGACGGAUUUGAUGACCAUAACGAGGUUUGUGUUGAAUGAGCAGUCUAAACACCCAGAAUCCCGUGGGGAUUUCACUAUCUUGCUUAGUCACAUUGUUCUUGGCUGCAAGUUUGUUUGUUCUGCUGUUAACAAGGCCGGGUUGGCCAAACUCAUAGGGCUUGCUGGCGAGACCAAUGUGCAGGGUGAAGAGCAAAAGAAACUAGAUGUGCUCUCGAAUGAAGUUUUUAUCAAGGCUUUGGUUAGCAGUGGUCGCACAUGCAUUCUUGUUUCCGAAGAGGAUGAAGAGGCAACAUUUGUGGAGCCAUCUAAGCGUGGAAAGUACUGUGUUGUCUUUGAUCCAUUGGAUGGAUCCUCGAAUAUUGACUGUGGUGUUUCUAUUGGAACAAUUUUCGGCAUUUACAUGAUCAAAGAUGGAGGUGAACCGGAACUAGAAGAUGUCUUGCAGCCUGGAAAGAAUAUGAUAGCUGCAGGCUACUGCAUGUAUGGAAGCUCCUGCACGCUUGUUUUGAGUGCUGGAAGGGGAGUCAAUGGAUUCACCCUCGAUCCGUCUCUUGGAGAAUUCAUAUUGACCCAUCCAGAUAUAAAGAUUCCCAAGAAAGGGAAGAUAUAUUCAGUUAAUGAAGGAAAUGCCAAGAACUGGGAUGGUCCAACGGCUAAGUAUGUAGAAAAAUGCAAGUUUCCAAAAGAUGGUUCAGCACCAAAAUCUCUAAGAUACAUCGGAAGUAUGGUAGCUGAUGUCCAUCGCACGUUACUUUAUGGAGGCAUCUUUUUGUACCCCGCUGAUAAGAAAAGCCCAAAUGGGAAGCUGCGGGUUCUCUAUGAAGUUUUCCCCAUGUCGUUCUUGAUGGAACAAGCUGGAGGACAAGCAUUUACUGGGAAGCAGCGGGCACUUGACUUGGUUCCCAAGAAGAUUCACGAGCGCUCACCAAUAUUUCUCGGUAGCUAUGACGACGUCGAGGAGAUCAAGGCCUUGUAUGCAGCUGAAGAGCAAAAGUAGUAAAUGUAAAUUUCUUUUGUACCUUUGCAGUUGACCAGUUGUUAAAUUGCUGAAAACUGAUAUAUGUAAUAAAACCAUAACCCAUAAACUGUAGAUUGUUGAUGAAAGGAACAUCAAUGCAUUUUAUGAUAUGUGCAUGUAUACAUACAUAUUUUUUCGUAUUUA